AUGGAAAAUGAUAAAAAACAUAACCAAAAACAAAAUAAUGUUGAUGAAAAUGAAUUCCCCAAUUCAAAGGUAUUAUUAGUAUCUGUAAAAAGGACCAGAAGAUUUUUAGAGAGAACUGCUAGGGAAUUAUUAGCUGGAGGAACACGCUAUAUUAUAUUAAGUGGAUUAGGAGAUGCAUUACCAUUAUGUGUUCAAUUACAAUCAUCAUUACAAUCAAAGAAUGCAGCUAAUGUUGUAAAAAUUGAAACAUCAUAUAGUUAUUUUAACUCGAACUAUUCUUAUACACCUGGUUUAAAAAUAUAUAUGGAAAAACAUCCAGAAUUUAAAGGUUCUAGAAUAUCUCCAGGAUAUGUAAGUUUUCAUGAGAAAACAGAUAGCUUUACUCCUAUAUAUGAUGAAAACCCAAAUGAAUAUAUUUGUUCUCUAAAUGCUGGAGAUAAUAAUUUAUAUGUUGGCGGUGAGGGUAUUAACGGUGCAUUCUCAGAACUCUUGUCUUCUCACAAUCAGGAAGUUGAUAAAUAUGAAUCCUUAUUUAAAGAAUUAUUAACCAAGGCAGUUAGCGAAAAUGGAGAAAAACCUGACGAAGAAGUGAAAUCCGUCCUAUACGACAAUGUAGACAAAAAAUAUCCAGAUGUGAAACUAGCCCUUUGUCGUAUUAGAAAUAGCUUAAAAAAAGGUAGUGAUCAUAGCACAGGAAGUGUAUUUAUUGUAACAUUUAAGAAAAACUUUCCACACAAGAAAGAGAAAAAUAUGGGUAUGGUAUAUGUUGUAGGACCAAAAGGAAAGAAUUAUAAUUCAGUGGAAGAAUUUUUAGAUGAAGUUCAAGAAACAGCAGAAAACUUAAUGACAACUCUUUGUGAUUAUAAUGGUUUAGUUAAAAGAGAAGAAAUUAAGCAUGUAAGAAUGAACACAUGUAGAAUCUGUUUAUUCUCAGGUAGUAUCUUUAAACACCCUAAUGCUUCUAAACUAGAUGUAGCUAAAGCUAUACUAAAUGGAUUAGCUGUUGGAUAUAGACACGGACCAUCACCAAGAUUAAAUUUUGCUUAUGAUGAAAAUGUAUUUAAAGAUGCAUGGGUAGAAACCACAGGAUUACAAGUUUUCAAUCACAAUGAGCAAUAA